CUGCAGUCUGUCAGCAACACGCAGCCUCACUCAGUACCUCUCUCUCUCUCUCUCUCUCUCUCUGUCUCUGUUUAUCUGAACCUGUCUCCUGAACGACAGUCAGUGUCGACCGUCUGGACACAAAGUCGCGUUGACUUCAAGCUGAACCAAACUCCACGAUCUGGGACCAGAACCUCGCCUGGACCAGCUCUGACAGUUCUAGGUAGAACUGAGAAAACCGUGACAUGUUCCUUUAAAGUUUCAAAUUUGAAUCCAUGAAACAGGCCAAAGACCAACUGGACUAAAGACGUGGACAGAACACGGGUCUUGGUCUGGGACUCUGACCAAGAGCAGAAUCGCCACAAGAGUUCUGAGCCGGAUCCCAGAUCCAGAUCCAGAUCCAGUGACAGUCUGUCAAUCUGUGUCAGAGAGGACGAACAGCUGGAAUCAAACCAUGAGCAGUAGAGGAGGAGGAAGAGGAAGGAGGGAGGUCUUCCUCAGCGCUCACCGCUGCCCCGAGGUCGAUCUGCUGCCUCCUCACGACUCCGAGACGCUGAUCCCUCUGCUCGGUUCACGAGUUCCCGCUGAGAAGACCCGUGAGUUCACCUGUACGAGUCUGUCAGAGGCCGGUUACCUGGACGUCUCCUCCGCCUGUCGCUCAGAGGACGAGGAGGAUGACAAGGAGGAGGACGAGGAGGAGGAAGAGGAGGAGGAGGAGAGUAUCAGUGACUGGUCAGAGGAGGACCUCGCCCUCCAUUUCUCUCCGUCCGUCAUCCUCCCAUCAGACGAUGAAGAGUUCGAUCUGGAGAGCGGCUUCAAGUGCGUCGAUGUUGCCGUGGAAACACAGGUGACGGGUCAGGAGGGGGAGGGGCUGAAGAUGGUCCCGAAACGACAGAUUCAUCUGAAGAAGAAAAGGAGAGACUCGGAGAACAGCGAGAAAAUGGACAAACCACAGGUGAUGCCGAAGAAAGGACCUGUUGAUGGGGGAGGAGCUAAUAAUGUGGCGUCAGCCAAUGAAAUGCUCCGCCCUACUGUCCAUCACCGGCCCGAUCUGUUGCUACGACAACACAGUAUGCCCGCCUCCUUUCACACGCGUUCCAUGACCGGCAAUGACGCCGACAGCAACAGGGUCUACAGGGGUCUGGUUGCAGGGGCCAGCCAAGGGUUUCAGGUUGGAGGCGACUUUACGCCGAGACGUCUGCAAAAAUCUUUCUCUCUAGACGAAACUAAAACAAAGAUGGCUUCUUGCAUCAUUAAGAGCGUCCUCUCCAAGAAGAUGCAGGUGGAGCAGAUCAACACCAAAACUUCACAGAAGAAGAAACCCAAGGUGUUACCGGUCCUCCCCCCUCCGGCGGACCAGCAGCGAGUUGCAGAGGCGACGGGGGAGGGGGCAGGUGGGUUCAAAGCUCCGGUUCAUGUCGUGAGAGACAUGAGGAGUUUGGUCAAAAACACCUACAGACUCUCAUUUGCCACAGCAACCGCACCUGACAAAUACAGACCAACGAGCUUCAAGGUGAUUGGUCAGGAGGACAGUCCACCCCCCACCUACCAGCAGGCUGUGGGGGUCAAAUGUCACCAAAAGGACAACUCUACCAAAGGACACGUUGCUAAGGUCGCGGAAUGCUUCAGUCAAUCACACGCCAGAAAACAAAACAAUACGUCCAGUGAUCCAGUCGCACCGCAGAGACGAGGCAGGAGGGUAGAUGAUGUCACCGGGCCUGUCAUGGCAGCAGACCCGCCCCCGUCCACCACUGCGACUGUCAGCCAAUCAGAAAGAAGCGAAGCUGCCGGUGACUUAGCCAAUGCCUCCGUCCCCUGCGCCCCUUCUCCCCCCUCCACCCCCCGACUCCCCCAAGCGAGCCAACCUCCUAUUUCUGAUGAGGAACAGAGCUCCCGCCUGGGCGUCUCCUCUCAUUGGGCCCCUGGCUCCUCCCACCACGUCCUCCAGUCCUGCCUCUACAUCCCUUCCACACUGAAUCCUCACCUGGGGAAGGUCAGCUACAUCCACAGCCCCCUGAACUACAUCCAGACCCCGCCCCCGACUGCCCCCACAGUCCACCGUCUGAGGAGGUCUGAGGAAAACCAGAACAGGUCAAGUGGGAACGCCUCGGACCAGCCGGACUCCUUCAGGAAGACCUGCCCCCCUACAGAAGACCAGGAUGGGCAACGACACGCAGGCAACACAGCGACACCCACCAUACGAGAGCAGCACCAUCUUAAUCUGUGCAGAGUUCAGGGAUUCUUACCUGCACAGGUAGGCAGUGACUUCCUCAUUGACAUCACUGGAUCUGCCAUACCACCCGGAGCCCUCGUCAAUGGCCCUGCCCCCUGUCACCUGAUGUUAGAGGCCAACAGUGGUCGGUACUACUACGUGGACACGCCCCCACAGCCUCAGAGAAAGAUGCUGCUUGAUCCAGAGACCGGUCAGUUCAUCCAGGUGUUCCUCCCUGCAGCUGGCCCCACCCCCAACCCCACUUUGUUCCCCAUGUGCUGUGUUAACCCCGCCCCCGCGGUGAUAAACCCUGCCCCCACCAUGCUGCAGGCGAGUGGGGCCAAACCCACCGUCCUCUCGGUGAUGCGGUUCCAGCCGACCAUGGCCCUGUCCUCCCUGUACGUCCCCCCCUGCGUCCCCUUCACCCUGCACACUCCGUCAGCUAACUUCACACAUACUACACUGUGACGACAUCAUCAUCAUCAGAUUCUUCUCAGUUCUGAUCAGGAUCAGAUUCUUACCUCGUUCACACCUGCAGUUCAUACCUGUCACCAUUGUUCAGCUCUGAGUCCGAAAUCCUUAAAAUGACCCGGAAGUAUUUCAUCAGCAGCCAUAAGAGCGGAUUCUCUAAAAGUUUAGGAAAGGAGCUUUAAUGCUUCCUUGAAGAUCUAGACGCACCACAAUUCGUUGCGGCAGCGAUAUUUGACGUGACGUGCCACGCACGAACGUAAACGCUUAAAUCUGAAGUAAAAGAGUAUGAAUAUGACGAGAAGGAACGUUAGUCAUCGAGUAAGUUACUGUUUCAUCUGAUGUCACAGGUGUCAUGGUGAUAAAUAUGAGUUGACAGGAGUGAGAGCAAACAUUCUCAGUGUGACAACAUUCUCUUCUCAGUGUCGUAGCCUAGAUUAUUGUUUUCAUUGCAAUUCCAACCUUGGUUGUGAAUACAUUUUUUUAUUUCAUUUUAAAUAAUCUUUGGGAAUGUAUAGUUUCACCACGUCAACAACUUCCGCCGUCGCGUGAUGAUGUGGUUUAGUGAAAGUGGGGUCGGAUUGUCUGAGCAGCACAGUUGGCUUUUCCUAAGUCCUAUCAGUCCUUGUUUACACCUUUCUUUGACCCCGUGACGUUUUUUUCCACUGAGGUCAAGGAACAGUAGAUAGGAAAAGACGGUAGUAGGAACUUUCCGAGUCUGGUACACGUGUCCACAGUCUUUUAUCAGUGUGAACGUGUCCUGCUUCACGCUGAAGGACCGCCUCCUCAGCUAAUGACCUCUGACACACACACACACACACACACACACUCACACACACACACACACACUCACACACACACACACAUACACACACACACUCAACUGCGAGGUGAACACUGGUGAUCCAAUGUUAACAGCAGAUGUGAACGGGAAACAUCUGGACUGAACCUGCUGACAACAGCUGGAGUUCACAUGAAAAUCAUCAGAAUUAUUGAUAGAAACUCGUCUCUCCGUCGUGACGAUAUGAACGCGUAUGAACGUACACACGUGUAAACACCAACAUGUUUAAACGUCACAGUGUUUAUAGGUUAUUGGAUGUUGAUUGUUUUUAUUUGCACACGUGUCACUAUGAGGUCGUUUUGACCUCAGAUUGUUUCUUUGGAUGUUUUGAUUUUUAAAAAUUUAGCAUUUUUAUUCUGUCGAUUUCUUUCCAACCUUUAAUAUAUUGACGAGCAGAUACAGUGAAAUAACCUUUAUUUUGUCGUAUUCUCUGACAACAUGUAAUCAGUUUUUUCAAAACUCGAUGAAAAUUGCUGCUUAAAUCUGAACGUUAAACACAAACUGCACAAAUAAAGAAUGAAAAUUUUAAUAAAAAUGAAUGUGGUACAAAAGAUUUACAUUCACAGUGGUCGUCAUUGUUGUUUUUUAUAUUAUUUAUAUGUGACACUAGUGCAACAUGAAGGUGAAAUAAAUAAAAAAAAUACAAACAUGAAAAACAAAACAUCAGGAGAAAAACAAGAUUUAUGUGAAAGUGUCUGUGUCCCUGUUGAAUGUAUAGUGAAAAC